GGAAGUUUUGCAGAAAUAAAGGUCUACAAACUUGGGACAUUUUCUGUCAUAUCAUGUUUAAAGAAAGAAAAUUUUACUGUUCCUAGGAAAGGAUUAUCUUUAAAGCUGAGCAUGGAUUCACGGAUUUCUUUAAAUUACCCCCCUGGCUGCCUCAGCUCCUCUGUAAUUGUACAGUUUAAGGUUCAGCCUAUCGAUACUUCACUUAUUUCUCUACUCAAGGUGAAACAUGAUAUAUACCAUCCAGUGGUAUCUAGUAGUCCACUCAUCCACAUGAAGCAGCCAUCAACUCAGGUGUUCCACAAGCCAGUUACAGUUUUCCUACCAUGUCCUCCAAACCCAGAGAAAAAAAGGGGUGGAGAUGAUUCAGAUAAAAGAGCUUCAAGUGCUGCAGCUUCAAAAGUCACA